AUGUCGUUCCGAACCAGAGCAUCGCCGACAGCGAGAGAAUCGCCUUCAGGCCUCAUACGAUCCAACCAGAGCCAUAAACGACAGUUUGCCAACGAUGACGACAAUACGUUUCUUCCACCAGCAUUGAGUUCAUACAGUAUAGCUUUGUUGAACGAUAGAACAAAGAAUCUGCCGUCAACUACCACUUCUAACGUGACUGGAAUUUAUGAGUUGGAUUUUCCGGAACUGGCCAAACGAGUCGACCAGCUCAAAAACCGACUUUCUGUACACUUCAAAGAGUCGCUACCUACUUCCUCUUUGCAUCUACAGACAGACAACGAUAUAAUACUGAAUGGAAAUGAUAUAAAACUGAAUAGAGAUCAACUGGUAGGAUAUAUUUCUAUCAACAGCUCAAAAAUCCAGACGAAUACCUCUUUCCACGAAUCAAACCAGCCUAUCUCGUCACACAGUUCGUUCAAUAACUACAGCGCUCAUACCCAUAACACGUCUGUGGAUGAAGAUCUAAUGAACGAUGGUUCUUCCUCACCACAUACCUCGGCUUCCAGAACACCUGCCACUACUCCGGGAAGCAAUACCAGCAAUCCCGGAGUCGUCAACUCUGCUUCGAGGCCAGCAGUGCAUACUAUUAAGAGAAUGAGAGGAGCAAGAAGGUUUGGAAGAGUCUUGGGUCCUCCUCAGAGGGCCUCUAGAAUCAGUGAUAUACAAGAUAAGAUAGAUCUCGAUACGAAUAGUAAUAAUGCCGGCAUUGAACACAGUAACGAGAAAGAAAUCGACUUGGAUAUGGAAAUAGAAGUCGGCAGAAGCACACCACCAGUGUUUUCUUUGGGCGAGUUUUCGCCCAAAGUCAAGCGUCAUACUCAGCCGACGCAUUUAUUAAACUCUAAUGUUAAGUCAGAUCUGAAUUUAAACUCCAUGUCAAAUUCUACGUCAAAUACAACUUUAAAGUCCAAUGAUAGCAUCCAUAUGGACCUUGAUUUCUCGUCCAAGGAGAAAGGUGAAGAGUUGCGCCGUCGUAUAGAAGAAAGAAAGGCAUUGAAUGAAUUGGAAAUGAACUAUCAGAGGUUGAGAGGUUCUUCUAAUAAGGACCGCAAGAUAGAAGAAGUUAUCUAUGAUUUUCCUCAGGAUAGAAACAGUAAUAUUGACAUGAUUAACGAAAAAGUACCAGACAGGCAAGAAAACAUAGCGUCCAAACGCAUUCUGGACCUCUUCGAAAACAUACAACAAGAAAAUAUGGACGAUAUCCCAGCAAGAGGAAAGAAAGCAGCAGCCAUUUCGGAAAGAAAGCCCUUGUCAAACGUUGAAGUUAAUACGUUCGCUGUCUCCAACAAUUUCGAAAAUUUCAGGAAACCAAAAUUACCCAGAACAUCCAGUGAACGCCCUUCUUCAUCAAUAGGACCAGAUGAGCAGAAAAAGAAGAAGUCCAUCAUUAUUAAUGGCAACCAUUACGAGAAGUUAGAGUUACUCGGUAGAGGUGGAACUUCUAAGGUAUACAAAGUAAAGGCUAUAGCCAACAACAGAUUGUACGCAAUUAAGAAAGUGACAUUUGACCAGUUUGACGAGGCUUGUGUAAAAGGAUUCAAAGGCGAAAUCGACUUACUUUUGAAGCUCAAGCAUGCUGAUAGGGUAGUCAAGUUAAUAGACCAUGCUGUUUGUGAAGGAUCGAUAUACUUGGUAAUGGAAUGUGGAGAUCUUGAUCUUGCUCAUGUAUUGCAGAAUAAACUAAGCAUGCACAAGGAGUUGGAUUUGAAUUUUGUGAAGUAUCACGCUAUUGAAAUCUUAAACUGUGUGAAAGCUGUUCAUCAAUCUGGAAUUGUUCAUAGUGACUUGAAGCCAGCCAACUUUCUAUUCGUAAGAGGAAUACUCAAGAUCAUUGAUUUUGGAAUUGCAAAUGCUGUACCUGAUCACACUGCCAACAUCUAUCGUGAGUCUCAGAUUGGAACGCCUAAUUACAUGGCACCAGAAGCUUGGGUAGAAGUAAGCCAGACAUUUCCUGGAUUGCCUAUUACUGACCAGAACAACUCGAAACAGAGAAAUACAUGGAAAGUAGGAAAGCCAUCAGAUGUUUGGUCGUGUGGCUGUAUGAUCUACCAAAUGAUUUAUGGAAAACCUCCAUAUGGAGCGUAUUCUGGAAAUCAACGAGUCAUGGCCAUCAUGAACCCACAAGUCAAGAUUCAGUUUGGAACCAAGGGACUCGGAGGAGUAGCUGUACCCACCAGUGCCAUUGAGCUUAUGCAAAACUGUUUGGCACGAAACCCCAACGAACGUUGGACUAUUGAACAAUGUUUGAAUAGUGACUUCUUGAGCCCCAAAAUUGUAAGUGAGAGUUUUGUGAGAGAUUUGGUUCACCUGGCAGUGAACUAUGGCUACAACAAAAGAAUAAAUGGAGGAGGUCCCAUGACCACCGAUGUUUACGAUGCAUUAGUUGAUUCUGUUUUAAAGCAGAUUGAAAACUUGAAUUAUGGAUAG